UAGAUGAUGGGUAUCGGAUGUUGGUAGGACCAGUAUGACUAGCUGUUCAGCCACUUUAACCAUCUUUGGCAUCGAAUAUGAAAAAGUGUAUCCCUUUUAAUGCUCCCUUGUGUAUCUGUAUCCAUAGCCUCCAAGACCCUUGUUCAUCCGAGCGCCGCUCCCAAGCGCCAGCUUGACACCAGCUUGACCAGGUUCUCUCUGCCCGUUCAGCUUCUCUCGUCCCUAUCUCGGCCGUUGAGCGUUUUACGUGAUUUACAAGAAGCCAAAAAGAACCCACCUACGCAGAACGCACGACACACCGCUGAUCGUCGAAGAGGGACAUCCGACGGGAGUACCUACAACAGUGAGUACCUAUCAUGCAGAGACGCAAGGAAAGGGCAGCGGCAGCAGCCCCAUGUCUCUCUCUUUUGGGGGGCAGCUGGGAAAGCGGGCGCGCGGCGCGUGGCUUGUCGAUCGUGGUGGUGUCAGUGGUUGGUGCCUUUGGUGGUGGUAGGCCCCGGAAGGCGAUUCCGUGGGAGCCGGGGGACGCUGUAUAUUUGCUUUUUUGAGUCGUUGUUCGUCAAGGACUGCUGUGUAGGGUUUAGCUAUGACUUGAGCUGUGGACCACUGGACACUGGGUUUUGAUUUGGUGUAUCCGUAGCACUCUACCUAGCUAAGUGAAUCGGGGGGUGGGUGUGUGUGAUGGGAAAAAAUUCUUCACGUGGAUCGGAAUCCUAUUUUGUGAGGAUUGAUAUGUUCGUGAUGGCUGGGGUUGGGGAUUUGGGCCAAGGUUGUCACGUCACGCUGAAGCGAGGCUAGGGAUAGUCGGGAGUCGGAAUCGGAUGGUGAGACUUGGGGGACCCAGUAGGUAGGGAGAGCAUCGUGGCAUCACAUCAUGUUCGCUUCUCGGAUCCCUCAGCUAGCAUCCGGGCAGAGGAAGGACUGAAUAAGUUUAAGUUGGUGGUGGUGUUCCAGGUCCGAACAAGUACGAUCAACCCAAGUUCAGGUAGUUAGUCC